AUAUAGUCUGGCCAACAGCAAUCAUCUGAUAACACUACAAAGUUAUUCCAUUCUCAGUCAUUCACAUUUCACAUUUCCAUUACUGUUACACAUGACCAUGUCAAAAGUCUGCAGUCUAACAUAGGACAAUUAUUUGUAUGAAUCCUUUCAAUCUCACAAUCAGAAAGCAGUUGCACAGUUCAUUUGGUCACCAUUCGUAUCCUAUGUCAUAAUAUUAAGAAUAGAAUCGAAAGUCUAACACUGGAACGUUGGCUCAAGUGGCUUUGGGAGUACUGACGGGAUUGACAUGUAACAUGAGAAAGCCAAGCAGGAAGGAUGUGUAAAUAAUAUGUACAUCAUAGGACAUGUAGUUUAGUUAUGAAGCUUUCAAACAGAGUUGACUCUUUAUCAGAAUUACCUCCAUAUGAAAUAAUGUCAUUAUAGGGAAUGUGGUUCUCAAAUGACAAGAACCACAAACGACCCACAUUUUCCUCCGUUAAAAAAUAUAGAGUUUCCUGAAUUUAAUGAAACAAUCUAGAUGCCAUUAGUUUAGAAGUUACCAAUAGGUUCAUAUUUUAACUGGAGGCAAGCAACAAAUGCAGUCACCAUAGCCCACAUACACACAUAUAGGCAAUAUGCAAUAUGCAUGCAUGUCCACAGCCUUUGGACAAUACACAGCAUUAAACAUGUAUCAAUGAUAAUAAGCCAUAUACAAAAUCUUUAAAGUGGAUAUUUACAGGUUUCCCACACUCCUACACACUGACGCAGUACAACACCCUAAUACUAUACAAAGUUCUCCAUUAAAGUCCUAAAGCACAACUUAAAAGUCUGGCAACACCCUGAAAGCAUCGUUGGGUUAACGUUUGAAAUGCCAAUUAAUUUAGAGACCGAGGGUAUUGACUGGAUUGGAAGCAUAUAGGUGUUGGAAGCAGACCUUUAUUUGAUAUCUGGCUCUCUCUAGUGGACAUAAUUGGCGGUGCCUAAAUAUCUACAUUUCGGUACCUUAGUCCGAGGAGCACUUGUUUCCUUCGGAAGAAAAAUAUUGUUGGACCACUGCCUUAGCGGGACAUUUUUAAGGCUCGGUUAACCAGUUAGUCAGACAACUUUUCAUAUUUGGACAUAGGUCACCAUCUUUAAACAACAAUGAAGUUCAGAUCAAAAAUGAUUGACGUGGGAUGCCUUAACCAUUUCACUCGUGUUGUGAAUACGAUUACUAAACUUAACAAGACCUGCGUUCUGCGACUCACUCCUGACAACCUCUACUUUGUGCUUUCUGGCAAAGUGGCGAAUGGUGGGGUCAGCAUGUGGUGUGAAUUAUUGCAAGUUAACUUCUUUGAUGAAUAUCAGAUAGAGGGAGUGUCACCAGAUGCCAAUGAGAUAUGCCUGGAGGUGGCUCCAGAGAACCUAUCCCGAGCCUUAAAAACAGCCCAAAAUGCCAAGUCUGUCAAAAUCAAACUAACCAAGAAGCACUGCCCCUGUCUCACCCUAGCUGCAGAGCUGCCUUCGUUGUCCAGUGUCAGUCGUGUCGUCACGCACGACAUCCCCGUGGAUGUCAUACCCAGACGCCUCUGGCAUGACUACAAAGAGCCCAGCAUGCCAGACUUUGAUGUCAGUAUAUAUUUGCCUCCUCUCAAGACCAUGAAGAAUGUUGUGGACAGGAUGAAGAACCUGUCCAACUUUUUGGUCAUUGAAGCAAACCUCAGUGGUGAGAUGAACCUGAAGAUUGAGACUGACUUGGUUUCUGUCACAACGCACUUCAAAGACCUUGGAAAUCCACCAUGGGGUGACGAUGCGUCUCAGAGCAGGAGUCAGAGCCGUGACCCCGCGGCCAUGGCACACGCUCGCUUGGACAUCAAGAAACUGCUACAGUUCCUUAUGGGCCAGCAGGUCAACCCCAGCAAAGCCAUGUGCAACAUAGUCCACAAACGAAUAGUGCACUUGAUUUUUCUACACGAGGACGUGUCUCUGCAGUAUUUCAUACCUGCCGUGGCAUGAGUUGGCAUCUGGUGGGGUCUCUUUGAAGUCCCCAGACUUUGGACGCUUUGGCUCCUGGACAGGAGCCACUUUAGAGUGGGCACAAGAUGACUGGAGUCUUAAGUGAUGUAGUGCUCCCAUUGGUCUUUGAUGAGGCAAGAAGUUAGAGGUUUUGUUUACCAGCUUGCUGGUCUCAAGUGGAUGGUAUUUGCUAUUUUCAAUCAAGUGUGAUACUUGGUUUUAGUUCACUACAACAGUUCAGGUGGUACGUUGUGUCGAAAUGGAUUUGAAGCUUUGAAUAACAGGUUGAUGUCAUAAGAUGCACUGUUUAUGAAUAUUUAUUUACUUUAUAAACUUUAAAAUUGUGAUCGUUGAAAUCUCUUACUGUCUUUUUAUAACUAUCGUGUUGUUAGGACUGAGCCCACAAUAACAAAGAAAUACACAAAUAAAAUGAUUGUUUUGUAUAUACUC